AUGGCAAACUACCUCGCGUCCAUCUUUGGUACAGAACAAGACAAAGUCAACUGCUCAUUCUACUACAAAAUAGGAGCUUGUAGACACGGCGACCGCUGCUCGCGCAAGCAUGUCAAGCCAUCAUACUCACAGACCAUCCUCCUCCCCAAUCUCUACCAGAACCCUGCCUACGACCCGAAAAACAAGAUGAACGCCUCCCAACUCCAGAACCACUUUGACGCCUUCUACGAAGAUUUUUGGUGCGAGAUGUGCAAGUACGGCGAGGUCGAGGAGGUCGUUGUCUGCGACAACAACAACGACCACCUGAUCGGCAAUGUCUACGCGCGCUUCAAGUAUGAAGACUCGGCGCAGGCGGCCUGCGACGCGCUCAACAGCAGAUGGUAUGCGGCACGUCCGAUCUACUGCGAGCUAUCACCUGUCACGGAUUUCCGGGAAGCUUGUUGUCGGUUGAACUCCGGCGAAGGGUGCGUCAGGGGUGGAUUUUGCAAUUUCAUCCACAGAAAAGAGCCGAGCCCGGAGUUGGAAAGGGAAUUGGAGCUGAGCACCAAGAAGUGGCUGAAGAUGAGGGGUCGCGACGAGAGGAGUGUGACGAGGAGUCCGAGCCCGGAACCGACGAGGAAGAGAUACUGA